AGCAUUAAAUGUGAGGUGAAGCAGAUCAUGGAGGAGGCGGUGACAAGGAAGUUUGUGCAUGAGGACAGCAGCCACAUCAUCUCCUUCUGUGCUGCCGUGGAAGCCUGUGUCUUGUACGGCUUGAAGCGGAGGGCGGCAGGAUUCCUGCGCAGCAACAAGAUAGCAGCUCUGUUCAUGAAGGUGGGAAAGAGCUUUCCUCUGGCAGAGGAGCUUUGCAAGAAGGUGCAAGACCUGGAGCAGCUCAUUGAGAAUGCCCGAAAUCAAGUCCAGGGCAUCCCAGAGAACGUGCGCAAGAUGCCAAAGCUGCCCAACCUGUCUCCUCAAGCCAUCAAGCAUCUCUGGAUCCGCACAGCCCUCUUUGAAAAGGUCUUGGAUAAAAUCGUGCAUUACUUGGUAGAAAACAGCAGCAAAUACUAUGAGAAAGAAGCUCUCCUGAUGGAUCCUGUGGAUGGGCCAAUUCUUGCAUCUUUAUUGGUGGGGCCCUGUGCACUGGAGUACACGAAGAUGAAGACCGCUGACCACUUCUGGACAGACCCCUCAGCUGAUGAGCUGGUUCAGAGGCACCGGAUCCACAGCUCACACUGUCGCCAGGACUCGCCCACCAAGCGCCCGGCGCUCUGCAUUCAGAAAAGGCAUUCGAGUGGCAGCAUGGAUGACCGGCCAUCGCUGUCUGCCAGGGACUACGUGGAGUCCUUGCACCAGAAUUCCCGAGCCACGCUCCUCUACGGCAAGAACAACGUCCUGGUGCAGCCACGAGAUGACAUGGAGGCAAUCCCGGGAUAUCUGUCCCUUCACCAGACUGCCGACAUCAUGGCACUGAAGUGGACUCCCAACCAGCUGAUGAAUGGCUCCGUGGGGGAUCUGGACUACGAGAAGAGCGUGUACUGGGACUAUGCCAUGACAAUUCGCCUGGAGGAGAUUGUCUAUUUGCACUGUCACCAGCAAGUAGACAGCGGUGGCACAGUUGUCUUGGUGAGCCAGGAUGGGAUUCAGAGGCCCCCGCUGCGGUUCCCCAGAGGAGGGCACUUACUUCAGUUCCUGUCCUGCCUGGAGAACGGCCUUCUGCCCCAUGGGCAGCUGGAUCCACCCCUCUGGUCGCAGCGGGGAAAGGGGAAGGUGUUUCCCAGGCUGAGGAAGCGAAGUCCCCAGGGCUCCUCUGAGUCUGCGUCGGACAAGGAAGAUGAUGAAGCCACAGAUUACGUUUUCAGGAUAAUCUACCCGGGGACACAGGCUGAGUUUGUUACCAUUAAUGGUAAUUUUCAUCCAUUCCUUGCGUCUGUGAUCUCCAUCACUGCUGUGAGAGGGAAGAUCACGAGGACCCCAGCUGCAAGCAAGACAGUGGUGAUCCCUAAAUGGUUUCCAAGUCCCCCCAUCAUGUCCCGGCCUCCCCUUGCUGCUCUGCGGGCCUCUCGGUGUCAGUUGCCCCAGGACCUGAUGGACACUCCAGGAGCUGGCCUGCCUCCCAUGUGGCAGCCCAGCACCCGCAAGUCCUCCUGCUCCUCCUGCUCUCAGAGUGGCUCGAGUGUUUCUUCUCCUCACACCCAGUGUGUUUUUGUUGGCAGAGCUCCGCUGAAGCUCCUCUGUGACAAUAUGAAGUACCAGAUCCUCUCCCGGGCUUUCUAUGGCUGGCUGGCCUAUUGCCGCCACCUCUCCACGGUGCGAACCCACCUGUCUGCGCUGGUGAACCACAACAUCGUGUCUCCUGACGUCCCCUGCAACGCCAGCUCGGGACUGACUGUGGACAUAUGGCAGAGAUACCUGCAGGACAGCACGAGUUAUGAAGACCAGGAGCUGCUGCGGCUGAUCUACUAUGGUGGGAUCCAGCACGAGAUCAGGAAGGCUGUCUGGCCCUUCCUUUUGGGCCAUUAUCAGUUUGGGAUGACGGAGGCAGAAAGGAAAGAGGUUGGUAUGGGUGUGCUGCCAGCUCAGCAGCCUGGUGUAAGGCACUGGUGUGGCUGCGAGGCCAUCGUCCGGCAGCGGGAGAAGGAGUCGCACGCAGCAGCUCUGGCCAAGUGCUCCUCCGGGGCCAGUCUGGAUUCCCACAUUCAGAGGAUGAUGCACAGGGACUCGACCAUCAGCAAUGAGUCUUCGCAGAGCUGCAGCUCUGGCCGACAGAAUCACGCCCGGCUGCAGAGCGACUCCAGCUCCAGCACGCAGGUGUUUGAAUCUGUUGAUGAAGUGGAACAGACUGAAGCAGAUGCUCAGCUGGAAGAUGGCAAACAAAGCAAGAUCCCUAAUGGGACGGUUCCUAACGGCACGUGUUCCCCUGAUUCUGGCCACCCCUCUUCCCAGAACUUCUCCAUCGCGUCGGGAUUCUCGGAGCGCAGCUUCAGCAAUGAGGACAGUGCCCUGGAAACCAACAAAUCCUCGGCCAGCUCUCAGGGAAAGGCUGGUGGGUCCGACGUACCAGCCCCACAGGACUCGGAUAGUGCCCGGCAAGAGAAGCUGCAGGGCCAAGACAGCCUGGAAGGUGAAUUUCCCGCUGGUGGAAGCGUUGACUUUGUUCCUGUGGGUGAGAGCUCGGCAGGGGUCCUGCGUGAUCGUGAUGCUGUGGCCCUGACUGUGGUGGAGAGCUGGGCAGACAGUGAAGCUGAAAAGCAGAGCUUGGUGGAGAGUGAGGACAACCUCUCUGAGGAGCCGGAGAUGGAGAGCUUGUACCCGCAGCUGGAUUCUCUGGCUGUAGUUGACCUGGCCACCAGCGAAGCGUCGGCUGUCUCCUCGACGGGGGUCACCUACUCUCCAGAGCUACUGGACAUGUACACAGUGAACCUGCACCGCAUUGAGAAGGACGUGCAGCGAUGUGACCGCAACUACUGGUACUUCACCCCAGCCAACCUGGAGAAACUCCGCAACAUCAUGUGCAGCUACAUCUGGCAGCACAUUGAGAUCGGUUACGUGCAGGGGAUGUGUGACCUGCUGGCCCCUCUCCUGGUCAUCCUGGAUGACGAGGCUCUGGCUUUCAGCUGUUUCACUGAGCUUAUGAAGAGGAUGAAUCAGAACUUUCCCCAUGGGGGAGCCAUGGACACCCACUUUGCCAACAUGAGGUCUCUGAUCCAGAUUCUGGACUCCGAGCUCUUUGAGCUGAUGCACCAGAAUGGUGAUUACACUCAUUUCUACUUCUGCUACCGAUGGUUUCUCCUGGACUUCAAGAGAGAGCUGGUGUAUGACGACGUGUUCGCCGUCUGGGAGACCAUCUGGGCAGCUGCCCACGUUUCCUCUGCACACUAUGUGCUCUUCAUAGCCCUGGCUUUGGUGGAAAUGUACCGGGACAUCAUCUUGGAGAACAACAUGGAUUUUACAGACAUCAUCAAGUUUUUCAAUGAAAUGGCAGAGCGGCACAACACCAAGCAGAUCCUGAAGCUGGCUCGGGACCUUGUCUAUAAAGUCCAGACUCUGAUCGAGAACAAAUGA